GACGGACAGGAGAUUUUGUCCUAUCGCGAAUGUUGGACUGCGCUUAGACUAACGAGUGAAUUCAUCUCCCAGUGACACAAUGGCGUCUUUCCUCCGCCAGAUCGUUGCUGGGCCACGAUUGCCGCAUCCUGAGGCGGGCUUGGACCUGUGCUAUGUCACAGAUAAUAUCAUCGCAACAUCCGGUCCAUCCUCGACCUACCCGCAACGCGCAUACCGGAAUCCGACAGAUGCCUUGGUGCGCUUCCUCGAUUCGAAGCAUGGCAGCAACUGGGCAAUAUGGGAAUUUCGUGCUGAAGGAACGGGGUAUCCGGAUGAUGAAGUAUACGGACGCAUUCACCACUUUCCCUGGCCGGACCAUCAUCCGCCUCCAUUCGCAUUGAUACCCUCGAUCAUGGCCAGUAUGCGAAAUUGGCUAGAUGGUUCGGAUGACGCUGGACAAGAAAGCAAGGGAAAGAGAGUCGCUGUUGUGCAUUGCAAGGCUGGGAAAGGUCGCAGUGGGACAGUGGUUUGCAGCUAUUUAGUCAGUCAAGCAGGGUGGAAAUUGGAAGAUGCCACGCAGCGAUUCACAGAAAGGCGAAUGAGAUCGGGAUUCGGUGCUGGAGUAAGCAUUCCCAGCCAGCUGCGGUGGCUAAGAUAUGUUCAUGUCUGGACGAACCAGCUGGGAAAGAAGUACGUUGAGCGACCGGUCGAGAUAUUGGAAAUACACGUCUGGGGUUUACGGGACGGUGUCAAGAUCGCAGUGGAAGGCUUCGUGGAUGAAGGCAAGAAGAUUAAGUGCUUCCACCUCUUCCACCGCAACGAGAAGACAGUGGUGGACGACGGAAAAGCUAUUCAGCCAGAGGAGAAUGGCAAAAAGGACAAAGCAAAGCAAUUGGCCUCUCCCUCGACGGUAUCGUCAUCAUCGUCAUCAUUUGCUACAACUGCUUCCCCCGUUGAAACAGUCACUUCUCCUACGAGCUCUAAUGGCGGUACGCCCACUUCCCCAACCACCCUCAUAUCAGCAGUCAUACUACGUCCCAAUAAGCCCGUGAUCUUGCCGUCAUCCGACGUGAACAUCGACUUUGAACGACGGAGCAAGGCCGCCUACACAGGAUGGACGAUGGUAACCUCUGUCGCGCACGUCUGGUUCAACGCGUACUUCGAAGGAGGCCACCAGCACGAAUCCGGCGUCUUCGAAGAAGAGUGGGAGAAGCUAGAUGGCAUCAAAGGCAGCUCGAAAAAGGGAACUCGGGCACUCGACCGUGUUAAAGUAGUCUGGCGAUAUCCGUCGCCCGCCCAGCUCUCCAAUAAGGAACCCGAAAAGCCAGAAGACGUCCAACCGGCACCAGGCAAAGUCAUCACAGAACCCAAACCAGGCGAAGCAGUCCCAGAAGCUCAUGCCGCAGACUGGCGCGGGCAGACGGCCAUCGACCCCCAGGACCCAGCCGGCCUCUCGUCCCGAGACGGGGAAGGAGAGCCAAAUCGAGAAUCCAGCAAGGAGCACAGAGACAAAGAAGGACACGAAGCUAGACAUGAAUCAAAGGGCCUCACUAUGGCAUCUUCCCACCCUGUUCUCACGGGGGCCACCACCGCAGCUGCUGUGGCCAUGUCCGAGACGAGCAAGGGCGUGCGUAAGGGCCUCGGCCUGCGCAAACGCUCAGAUGCCAGCGAAGCCGUCAGCGUCGCUAAUAGUUCUGAGGAUACAAGUCCCGAGUCAGGAAAGGAAGAUAAGACCGAAGGCAAGAAUGCCCAGAGACAAAAACAGAAGACACCAAUCGGAACAACUAAGGACGGGAAUGAACAAAGUACAGAAGAGACAGACACGGACAUAGAAACUGUUCGGCCCUAUUUUGGGAAUAAUGGAAAUGGGAAUAGUACCAGUGGCGGAAAUGGAAGUGGGAAUGCGAGCGGUGUUGAAGAAAAGGAAGACAAGCAAGAGAAGAAUUAAAAGGGGUCAAAAAUCUCGAGUUCUACUGCGUUGGACUCGGUCUUGGUGUGCGUCUCAGGAGAAGCGUGAAUUGUGUUCGACUUUCUAGAUUCUUGUCUGCAUUGCAUCUGCAUUUGUUGAUACAUAUAUUAUUAUCACGACUCAAGGAUACCACUUGCGGGGAGAUCAAUGGGAGUUCUUAUAGAGGACGGCGUUCUUAUCGUAUAUAAUAACAAU